AUGAACACAGAAUGCAAACAUCCCACGGACAUGUGGGGCGAUCCGAAUCCCAACAUAUUCUACGUUUGCAAUGCGGCCGACCAAACGCCAUUGCAACUACACUGCCCGGAGGGACGUGGAUUUUUCGAUGGCCUCGGCUUUAAGGGCUGUCUGCCAUACGCGCAUUGGCCUGCCUGCAGGCCCACGGCGGCCCAAGCGGCCGCACUGCUGGAGGUCGGCUGUGACAGCCCCAAUCGCAGCCCCAGCUCCAGCGCCGACAACGAUGGCGUUGAUGAUGACGAUGCACACUUGCAACAGCCUUGGGCCACGUUGGAUCCCAAUAAAUUCUACAUGUGUCCGGGCAUUGCGGCCACACCAUUGCUGCUCAACUGUGCCGGGGGCAAGGGUUUCGUGCAAACGUCGGAUAUUGUGGGCUGUGCCGAUUGGCUGCUCUGGCGCCAACACAUGCAGUGCGAGAAAUACUAUUAA